UCGGUAUCCGUUGAUACUAAUUAUUUUAAUAAAGCCUUCAAGCCGCUGCCACAUUAAAAUAUAAGUCAGUAUCUGCUGCAGAGAAGCAGCGAGGGAAUAGCCGGGUUUGUAUCUUGGAUCAUUGGCUUCGACCCGAGCCCUAUUAUCCAAUUUAAUUCCUCACUCGCUCCAACGGCCACCGAUUGCGUUUUUCAAACGAGGAGAAUCAAAAUUACACAUGGAUCGGAAAAUGGGAUUCCUGUUCCUGCUCUUCUUGUGUGGAUUUAAUGCCGUUUUAGCUCAAAACAGAUGCCAGGAGGGAUUUGAUUGCAUACCCCUUACAACCUGCGCCAAACUCGUGGAUUUGCUCAGAAACGCAUUCCGUAACCCGAAAAAUUAUGAUAUUUUGCGAACACGUACCUGCGGCUUCGAUAUCGUGAGCCCUCGAGCUUGCUGCAGCUGCGAGGAAAAAAACUUCGGUUCAAGCAACGUCCAGAGUAUUUGCAACCCCACCGCCCCAACACCCACGACGCAAACGCCAAGUAAAAACGACUCGGUCUGGGAUCCGCUUCCCAAAAAUUGCGGCGAAGAUUUUUCGAGCAGAAUCAUCGGAGGCACCUUGACCCAACCCAACGAAUUCCCAUGGAUGACCGCUCUGGAGUACUCAACGCCCUACGGUCAGAGACUGUCUUGCGGUGGCUCGGUCAUAACCAACCGUUACAUCCUCACGGCGGCCCACUGCAUCCGCAACACCCCUACCGACUACAAGCUCACGUCCGUCCGUUUGGGCGAGUGGAACACGGCAACCGACCCCGACUGCAUCCCCGAUGGCGACGCGGACGUCGUCUGCUCGGACAGGUACACCAGCAUCCCCGUCGAGGAAAGCAUCGUCCACCCCGACUAUGGAAUGUCGAACCAGUACAACGAUGUCGCCCUCUUGCGUCUGACCCGUGAAUUCAAGUUCACCGCGAGCAUCAAGCCGAUUUGUUUGCCCAACGACGGCUCGCUCGAGCAAAAGUUCUUUGUCGCCGGUUGGGGUCUCACGGAGAACGGCAUCAACUCUCAGUUCCAGCUGAAAGUCAUACUGCCCCGCGUCCUGGAGGAGCCGUGCAAGCGAGUCUACAGCCAGAACUUGUCCGAGCCGCGCAACUUGAUCGAGACCCAGAUCUGCGCCGGUGGUGAAAAGGGCAAGGACUCGUGCAGAGGUGACUCCGGUGGGCCCAUGAUGCAGGGCAACCGGCUGCCCGAGGGUACCAUCAAGUGGACCGUCGUCGGGGUUGUUUCGUUCGGGCCCACUCCUUGCGGCUCGGAGGGCUGGCCGGGGGUUUACACCUACCUAUUCCACUACAGGCCCUGGAUCAUCAGCCAAUUGAAGCCGUGAUUCAAUGGCAUCCUACCCGAGACGUGAUGUGCGAGACAAAAGAUUUUCUAGCAGAAUAAAGCAGUCACUUGUGUGAUUUUGUUUGUCAAUACUAUGUCAUUGUUGUUUAUUUAUUUUUUUUUUGUUGCAUAAUAAUUUUGUUACGGUCCAACAAAUUUGGCAAAGUCGUCAUUGUACAUAUAUAUAUAUACGAAAAAAGUCACGUGUAACUUGAUUGUAUACGUGUCCAAAGCAUAAUUAAUACAAUU